GAAGUCCGGUAUGGUUACAAAAAGGUGAAGUGACGAUGGCAAAACUUUUGGAAACUUUCUAUGGCGAUCUCAACAAGUUGAAGCUCGACCAGUUCCCAUGCGGUGUUGGAAGCUGGCGGUUAGAAGAUGACCCUGGCUACGUCGAUAAAGGAGAAGUGAACCAGGAGACGCUCUUCUCGCUGGAGGAGCUGGCACACAGCGAGGUAUUCAACGUUAAAUGUGACUGGAGCGACAACAUCACAUCUCUCCGGCAACUUGCCGUUCAGAAGCCGCAAGUUAUUUCUGAGGCUUUUAUCUUCCAGCACUUCACCACUCUUAGACUCGUUGAUCGUAAUAUUAAUGAGGUUGACAGAGGGCUGCUCAAGUUUACCAAUCUACAGGAGCUCAGUUUGACUGGGAACUGUCUGACUUCCGUUGUGGGAGCUCACCUUCCAAAAUCCCUCACGGUGUUACAGCUGUUUGCCAACAAGUUUACAGAUUUGACAGACCUGGCUAUAAGCCCGCCUCCUAACCUGCAGCACUUGGGGGUGGGGUACAAUCAGCUCACUGACCUCUCUUCCUACAUGUCUCCUUACUUCUGGCCGAACUUGUUGUCGCUGGAUUUAUCACACAACAGGAUCGGUCACGUGAUUCCUACUUUACAGAGCCUGUCUCAACUUAUAUCUCUCCGAAACCUAUCUCUCAUCUCUAACCCUAUCACAUUGGCUCCGGGUUACAGGGGAUGCACGCUAGACAUGAUCCCCCAGCUGCAGAUACUGGACGACGUCUCCAUCAGUGAUGACGACAGACUCCACUUCACCAACAUCUCCAGAGAACCUGUCCAGUGGGACCAGGCUAUAUUCACUGUGCUGUUUCCUAUCCUGGAGAACCUACGACAACCACCAGAGAACGAGGCGUUGGACGAAGCAAAUUGCCACUAUCCUAUACAAAAGAAGUACUCUUACCUCAUCAGAUUCCAUUUCGUGAGUGACUCCUCGCCCGAUGACGGCACCACUUCAGUGGCCCAAACUACCAGCGGUAUAAUACCCCAAACCAGUGAAGAUGGGGCUUCUCCCACAGUGCAAGUAACCCUAACUCCAGCAGCAACAUCAGAGGACCACCUUCCUCCCCUCUCUCCUGGUUCUGAGGAGAUUGAGGGAGCUGGAGCAUCACCAGUUGGUGAAAAUGAGGAAUAUGUUCCAGUGGGAGCCGUGUUCGAAACAGAGGCUGUACCUUGGGAGAUCAAUUCGGAGUUUUUAAAGCCAGUCAUAGUCAGGUGUUCAGAUUUAACAUUGUUGGAGAAAUUCCUGGGUGGUGAAGUGCAGUUCACUGUAAUUGAGAAGGUAAUAGAGAGUUUUACUGCUAUAGCACCACCUGACCCCACCUCUCCCACUCCUACAUCUGGGCAAAAGAAAAAAGGAGGAAAAGAUGAGAAGAAGGGCAAGAAAGUGGAUACAUCCUCGAAACCUCUAAAGGAUAAAGACGGUAAUAUCCUCAAGUGGGUGGACAACCCUGCGACCUACAACGAGAUAGCAAACAUCAGAGUUGACUUGAAGCCUCUCUUGUCUAAUGGAGUAACCAGUGAUAAGACACAGUGUACCGUAACAGAAAAGCCGCCCCCUGAAACCCCUCAACCAGACGACGGUAGAGCCAGCGCGACCAGUGGUAAAGGAGGCAAGAAAGGAGGUAACAAAGGAGCUGGAAACAAGAAGAAAGUACCCACCCCAGUGCCCGUAACCCCACCGGAACCACUGAGACUGGAGUAUAAGAUGGAGAGAGUAAAGUGGAACAGUUUCCAGGACUGCCGAGCGUGGAGUCAGACAUCAGCUGAAGUAUCUGUUACAGCAAAUCAUAGUAUCACUACUGCUCCCUUGUAGAUGAUCAUUGAUCAGCUGUCGGCUCAUGCUAUAUUUAUAAACUUAUUAUAAGAGGUGUGGCAGAUGUUUUUAUCCUUGUAUAGUUGUACAUAAACUUGGAGCGUUUGUUAACUAAGUGAGAUAUAUUUUACCGCUAGUAACUUAUUAAGUCAUCCCACCACAUUAAGUCAACCUAUGACCACAGAAGAACCACGAUUUUAGCGAGUUGUAAAUACUGUUAAUAAGAUUUGUUAAUAAGCCAGAUAGAAAAACAUUAUAUUAUAGCAAUUCAUUUUCAAA